AUGUUGUCUGAAGAGGAGGCUGAUGACGACGGAGAGAGUGCGGGAGCCAGCUCAAGCUAUGUGACAGCUGAUGAGGGCUAUGAGGCCGAUGUGGAGAUACCACUGCAGCCUGUCGGCAAUGCCUGUGCUAUUGAUGAUCCUCGUUGCUCCAGGAGGUAUGAAGUGGUGUGUGCACGUAGCCACAACAGCGAGCACCACCGCCGCUCACCUCGGCUGAUCGAACCCCAGCUCUGCAAACUGGCAGUAGAUAUACUUAUCCGGCUUCCACAAGAACAGCAGAAAACUAAAGAAGCAGUGGAAGUAUUGAAACAACUUGCAGCAUUAUGCAGAGACUGUGCAGAAAACUGUGCACGGCUUGCAAAGAUUGGGAUGGUAUCAACAUUGCUGGAAGGCUUUGGUCUGAGUCUCAGGCGUAGAGAUGCUACUCUGAUAGAUCUUCAAAAAGUGGUACUGGAAUUGGUGAUGUUGUUGGCCAGACAGAGCAUUUCUCCAAAUGAGCUGGCUCUAUAUAUUUCAUUCUUCAAAGAUGAUGAUCCGCCAUUGGAUCUUCUUCUGUCUCCAUUAGUUUCUCUGGCAAAUGAGACUCGGCCACAACCGGACCACAUUAUUCGCUUCCCUUGUGGUGAAGACACAAAUGUGGGUACACCACCACCUGUACCAGACCAGGGGGGGAUUCUGAUGGAGGGAAAUUAUAUGUCACUUGUCUAUAACUUUAGCCAGCAGCACACACUUGCAGGUGCCAAAACUGCAUGGUCAGCAUGUGCUCUUUCACUGCCCAUCGGUGCAGAGCUAGGAUGGUCUAUGUGGCUACAUGGUUACUCUGCAGCCAUGUGGCUGAGGCUAGAUGAGCCAGUGGUCAGUGCAAGUCCUGCCUGCCCUUGCUCUCCUGCUAGCACCUUUCGACAGAGACCGAGAGCAAAGUCUGUUGCUUCCAUUCCUGACAACUGUUGGCAGCAUCGUGAUAGUCUUUCACAACUGAGAGACCAAGGUCAUGAUGAAAAGACAUCGCUGCUGCAUUUGAUAUCGGUCGGUUGUGAAUGCCUCCUUUUGGAAUUGUGGACAGAUACCAGUAAUGGGUCAGUUCUUGUGCUGCUGACACGGCCUGACAACAGAGGUUCGGAAGUAAUUUCGCAAGCGACAGUCGAGAACUGCCUGUCGCCUGGCUCUUGGCAACAUUUGGCAAUGAACGUUAAGGAUUACAUGCAGAGGAGGAUGAAUGUCAUAGAGGUCGAGCUGAUAGUGGAUGGUUGUGAUCGCCAUGAGUGUCUGUUGUCAUUUUCUGGGCUUCUCGUACGGAAACCACGCUCCUCUGCUGUGUUGAUAGGACACAGGAAAUUUCAGCAAAAUUCUUCAUCUGGCUCAUGGAUUUUUGCCGGACUUCAACUAUUCCGCUGUGCAGUUUUUUCACGUGAAAAGGCAACUUACUUGGUUGGCCUCGGACCAGGGAGAGUUUCACUGGCAGACUGUGACGUUGGCUGCACUGCUCCAAACUUUACUCACCUUUUUGGGCCUAAGUCACUUGGAUCAGACAUUGAUUGGGAUUCAAUUCUUCAGGCUCAAGCAGGAAAUCUUAAGGAUCUACAGGACAGCGUCUUGAUGAUAUUCUCCGCACAGAAUCCUGAUGUUGUUAGUUUGUUUCCACAGUUUGCAACAGGUGUUGGUGGACCACUGUUCCAAGUGCAGCCGUCAUUUCGCAGUGUUCCAAUAGAACAGCGAGCAAGUCAACAGGUGCCGAUAUGUAUGGCCCCCAUGCUGCUGGCCUCGAAGCUCGAUAAGAUACAGCAUCACAGCCUGCUGGCCGCUGCAACACUGCUGGGUGGCGUGCCUGUCUUCCUCUUCCUGCUUGCAAGGGUGGUGGAGCUAACACUUGUCGAGGAGGUGCAGGCCCAGGCACUGUUGCUGUUUCUCAGGGUGGCACAGGGAGACUGCGAGCUCUUCACACAGUUUGUGGGGCAAGAGAGCUACAAACUACUUCUGAAGAUUCUCAGGUCAUCUCGAUGCAGUGCCGGACCUUACCUGUUGAAGGCUGUUCUGGAUGCAUGCUGUGACAAACCUGUGCUGGGUUGUACCAGUGCUGCAAAUGGGCCAACACGAGUGACGGUCCUGGCAAACACAGACGCGGUUGUUGUCAACUCAUUCGUGCUGCGGGCUGUGGCGGGUGCAUGGGCAGCGUGGGGCCCUGCAGGGGCACUUGGCCUCCUGCUGCGGGCGCUGCACAUCCUGCUCAGGGACGACCACCCGUACCGGGAGUUCAACGCUGCGCAGAUGAACCGCACCCACAUUGUUGACAGCCUUCUUCUCUUUUGCAAGGAGCAGUUUCUCCAAGAAAAGCCAGAGAUAGACAUGGAGCCUGGGAUCUGCUGCUCUCUUGUGGAGCUGGUGCGAUCACUGAUGGGCGCGCCCCCAGAGUUCAGCCACAUUGUGUCUGUGGCUGACUUCCUGCUUCUCGCACACCCCGCCCGCCACACUUACAUCAGCCAUGGACGUAACAACUACUACUUUGUUCUGGAUGAAAAUUCUUCUAGUCCCUUAUCAGGCAGCCUAACAGAAUGGCGUUGGCGGAAAAAAGAAAUGUCUCUCUUAGCACGUGCCAUAGACCCACUGAAGCUGAAUAAGGCUCUCACAAAUCUGCAGAUAAAACAGCUGACUGGAUCUGUAGACAGCAAUCGAGUAAUUGAGAAUGGCGACAUAGCAAACACCGAGACCUCGACUUCACGGCGACUGUCUUUAGUCAGCAAUUCUCUGAUGGCGUGUGCUGAAGAUGCUGUCCAGUUACUGGAGCAGGCAUCAAACCCUGCCCAAGUUGUUGAGACUGUGAAAGAAAAAUUUGUUACAGAGACAGAGGAGCGUGCGGAGAAAAUAAAUAAUGGAGCAAAUGAACAUGUGUCAAGUGAUAGUCAUAAUCUUGUGAUGGAGGGCCUUCUCUUGCUACUGAAGGAUGUUCUACUGGUACUUCCUGACAACAUGGCACCACAGGUGUUGAACCAUGUGGUGCGUGCUGACACUUUGCUUGUCAUUGCAAAUCAUCCUGAUGUUAGAGUUCGGACAGCCGUUGUGAAGGUGCUGUCGGCGUACCUGCAGCGAGCCAGCAGUGACGAGGUGUCACGGUUCUGCAAGAUGCGUGGCUACCAGUUACUGGCGUGCCAACUGGCACAGUGGCCGGCCUCUUGGGAGCUAGCGGAGGCAGCGGUGGCACUGGGAACACUCUGCCCACUGCCCCUGGAGGAGCAGGCAGCCGCACUCGACCUGGGUGCCAGUGCGGCAGAGCUGCAGGCCUCCCGGCCACUGGCAGCACUGCCCCCACUGCUCGCGCUUCUGCCUCGCUGCUGCCGGACGGAUGUCGCCCUCGCUGAUACCUUGCUUGCCUACUUGAGCCAGCUUGUUUUAAAAGUCAUGCAGGUAUCAACAGCACGACUCCUCCAGGACUUAGGUGUCGUGGAGUGCCUGUGUCGUUGUCUGCAGGCUAUACCACCUCCAAAAUUACAGUCUACACCACCUUCUGAAAGGCCAGCAUUUGGUUCACCGAAUCCAGAAGUGCUUGUUGGAGAUAUCCAUCUGAUAUUGGGUUCCAUCGUCACUCGAUCCAUUCUGCUUCCAGGUCAUCAAAACUCUACUCAGGUGCUGUCAGAUGUGCUGCACCAGCUGGGCUACCUGUGGGAGCACCUGGGUAGCAGGCGUUGCCGGGACGCACAAUUCUCUGUGCUUGAGUCUGUUGUCAACGUGCUGCUGGAGAAGCUGAACCUUGCUCAGCCGGUGGGAACCCUGUUCCAGUCAGGCCUUGCUAACGGCUACAAGGAGAACGAUGCCAUCUCGACAUCAAGCAGCAGCAGCAGCAACAACAGUGUUUUCUCAGUGUCACUAACUAAAGAAAUUGGCCGCAGUGAUCUUGGAGAUAGAUUUCGUAAUGUCAUUUCUCGUGCUGUGGAGAUUAUCUGUUCUACAGGCAGAAGUGUGGAACAACCACAAACACCUUCCAGAAGUCAAGGAAUGCAUCAUCAACUUGGGCAUAUUUUUCAACAGACUUCUGCAUCUGUCCGGUCAAUAGAAAAAGAAGGGCGGCACGCGCCAACCGAGGCAGAGCGUGCCUUCCGCCGGCGGUUGCUGGCUGCUCUGUUAUCGCUGGUGGCGGAGCGUGCGGCACCGUCAGUGGUACGAGAUGCGGCACGCUUGCGGGCUGCACAGCUGGCAUGUUGGCUGCUCGCACCCGGCCAGGCGGCGCGUGAUCGUUCGCAUGUCGUGCGGCUGCUGCUUUGUCAGGAGCCGAUGCGCACCCGUGAAAUAGUGGCUGCCCUCAUCAAUGCUCACCAGGCGGCAGAAGCCAAGCUGACCGCCUUCCUGUGGGACCUGGCUCGCACAGAGGUGGCCACCUCAAUCGAGCGCCAUGCCGCCGAGGAGCUGUUGGCCCGCUUGGCCCAGUGGGGCCUGACGGCGGGUCCUGCGCCACUAGACAGCUGGCUCUCAGAACUGGCUGCAUCACAGGGGGAAGCUGUAGGAGCGAGAGAGACGUCUCUGCGCAAUUCUCAGUCUGCAGUGUACAGGAGUGUAUAUCGUAUGGAGGGCUUGGUUCGGCACCUCACAGAAACAGCCAUGGAUGUCACUGCGCAUGUUGUGGGAGCACAGAGUGCAGAAAGGAAAUCGUUUAUGGAGCACAUAAAGGCCCGCUUCAGUGAAGAUGUCCGUGUACGCUCUCACUGGCUACGCCUGCGGCAGGCUCUCACCCACGAACGGGCUGUGUGGUAUUUUCCUAAAUCGUAUCCCAGAUCGUGGCAGCUUGACCCAACUGAGGGGCCCGCUCGUGUGAGGAAUCGCAUGCAACGUUGCCACCUGGGAAUGGACAGGCGGUAUUUCUUACCUGCAGUACAGCGUCAGAUGCGUGAUGAGCUGGAAGGUGAGCCCCUGGCAUACCUCUUGGAACGUGAUACAUCACAGCAGCAGCCACGUGUUUCCACCGUCAUGAUAGAGCGCCUACACACCAAUGAGAAGAUUCGCCACAUGACAACAGCUCGCAUCGUCACACCUGCACGGGAGGUGCCCGGUGAAGUGUUGAUUGGCGAGAGCUGCAUCUACUUUGUUGCAGACAGUGACUGCUCAUCGGCAUUGUCAGAGUGGCAGCUAUCACCUGAUGAAGUCGAUCUCUCUUCGACAGCGUGGAACUUUGAAGACGUGUGUGAAAUUCACAACCGGAGAUACCAGCUACAAGAGAGAGCAUUGGAGAUUUUUCUUUUGAAUGGAAGAACAUAUCUUGUUGCUUUUCAGUCUUCCAAGGAGCGUGACGCAUUUGCAAAUGAGCUCGCCCAGUGCAGACUGCCAAAUCGUCUAGCGGCAGACAGCUUGAGUGAUGCAGUUCAUCUGUGGAGGGAGGGUCUACUUACAAACUGGGAGUAUUUGUCACAGCUGAACAAAAUGGCUGGGCGUUCCUACAACGACCUAAUGCAGUACCCUGUGAUGCCAUUUGUUCUUGCUGAUUACACGAGCAAUGUUCUCGACCUGAAAAGUCCUCGUUCCUACAGGGAUUUCCGAAAACCGAUGGCAGUUCAAGAAAAGAAAAAUGAACAGCAUUACAUUAGUAAUUAUAAUUAUAUAAAACAAGAGCUAUCAGCUGGUUCGAGACACAUAUCAGUGCACCAGGAGCCCUAUCACUACGGUAGCCAUUACUCAAAUUCUGGCACAGUGCUGCAUUUUCUCGUUCGACUGCCGCCCUUCACUAGAAUGUUUCUGACAUAUCAAGACAAUAACUUUGACAUCCCAGACCGCACGUUCCAUUCCUUGCACACCACUUGGAGGCUCACGAGCUCUGAUUCUACCACUGAUGUCAAGGAGAUGGUCCCAGAGUUCUUUUACUUGCCCGAGUUCCUGCUGAACAGUGAAGGAUUCAAUCUUGGCGUUCGGCAGUCAGGUGAGAGAGUCCACAAUGUUCAGCUCCCCCCAUGGGCAGGUGGAGAUGCACGCAAAUUCAUUCUAAUCCAUCGUCAAGCACUAGAGUCGGACUUUGCUCGAGAGAAUUUGCCUCACUGGAUAGAUCUCGUUUUUGGGUACAAGCAGACUGGUAAAGCUGCUGUGGAAGCCAUCAACGUUUUCCACCCAGCGACAUAUUAUGGGUUCGACGCAGAAAGUAUUCGCGACCCCCUGGAGAGGGCAGCAUGGGAGACGAUGGUUCGUACCUAUGGGCAGACACCACGGCAGCUAUUUCGCUCCCCCCAUCAGAUGGCUGCUCAGACCCUCACGUCGAAAAGACUGUCAACCACUUCAAGACUUCCCAUGGACGGGCUCGUGCGGGGUCUGCAAUGGGGCCACUAUGUGGGCUCGCCAGCUGAGCCAGAACCAUCAGAGGUCUGGCAGCGUCGACACCGGGUGCCUGUUGGCCACCUCAUCCCGUUGGCUACAGGGGAUGUGUACGGUCUCGCACCGCACACCUGCCUGCUGCUUUCAUACACCAAAGAUCGCGGUCUCGGUGUAGUGAGUGGAACAUCAGUACAUGGGGCUGCUUUGUUGUCCUGGGGCCAUCCAGAUGGCAUUGUGCGUGCUAAGGUUAAAAAGGAGCAGCCACCUUGGCCAGUCAUCAGCACAUCAGCAAUUGAUCCAGUGUGCAUAUGCAGCAGUGCUCCAGAUGUUCCACAGUUGUGGCUGGGGCAUACAUCUGGACGAAUACAAGUUUUGAGAUUUCGGUUGGAGGGAUCUCUCGAAUUCCGUCCCGAGCCGUCUGUGUUGCUGGGGCACACAGCAGCACUGGCUGAUAUUGUACUCUGUCGCAGCUUCUCAGUAGCUGUUUCCGCUGGCUACGAUGGAAGUGCCAUUAUAUGGGACCUUAACAGCUUGUCAUACGUGAGGUCUGUGGCGGUCAGUGAACCCGUGAAGCUGGCCACAGUGAGCAGAACGCUGGGCGACAUUCUGCUUGUGACAGACUCGGAGCUGCUGCUGUUCUCCGUGAAUGCUGCGCCUGCAGGCAGGGCAUCACCACCCUCGCUGACCACAGCCGUCUGCUUCUCUGGUGCACCGGAGGGGAUUUCCAUAAAUGCUGUCGCGUCGGGUCAUGCAGAUGGAGUUAUAAGAUUAUGGAGCUCUUGGGACCUCUCACCACUGAAGGAGAUAUCCUGCAAUGCAUUAUUGUCACAGCCCAUAAUAAGUAUUACAUACUCACAUGAUGCGCAGCACAUGUACGCAUCUGGUGCCAACGGUAUUGUUGUUAUCUGGGAAGGCAUGUCGAGCAAAGGCCCAAGUCAUAUGCCAAAAUUUCUUGAUCUUACAUCACUGUGAAAUGGCUCUACUUGCAGUUAUAUCUACUAUUUCCAGUUGAUGAGAUUCAUUAUAAUUAUUGUACAAUAUUUUACUAAUGUGUUUGUGAGUUGUGUAGAUC